CUGCCGCUCCUGCUCUUGUGUGCCGCCGCCGCAGCCGCCGCCCCGGGCGGCACCGUGAACCGCUUCGGCCAGUGGCGCGUCGCCACCACGGCUCCCCCCGCCGCUCCGGCCGACCCGGCCACCUUCCGCAACGGCGGGCGGCGCCAGUGCCCGCCACCGGCCGGCGGCGACAACGCCAACGUCGGCUACGACAAGUUCGACCCGAACCGCUGCGUGGACGCGGACGUGGGCGUGCUGGCCGGCUGGCGGCCAGACCUGCAGGGCGCGCGCCGGCCAGGGGAGGGUCUCACCAACCCGCUGGUGGAGCUCCGCACGCAGCUGGGGCCGCUGACCGGGUUCCGGGUGAAGCUGUUCGACGAGCCGGGCCUGCGGCCGGAGGAGUGGCCGGCGCGGCUGCAGCCCGGCGUGCACAAGGAGAGGAGGACGGUGACUGCGUUCCUCGGCGUGCCGUACGCGCUGCCGCCCGUGCAGGAGGCGCGCUUUAAGCCACCGCGGGCCCGGCCGGGUUGGCAGCGCUGGCUGGCGCUGGACUACGGGCCGGCAUGCCCCCAGCCGGCCAGGUUUGUCGGGGCCGGACGUGGGGUGCGGGAGGUCGACGAGGACUGCCUCUACCUCAACGUCUUCACGCCUCAGGUGUCCAGCAACGUGAAGGAACUGUACGCGGUCAUGGUGCACAUCCACGGCGGCGAGUUCUCCCACGGCUCCUCCAACCGCUUCCCAGGCCACAUGCUGGCCGCCUGGGGUCAGGUGGUGGUCGUGACCUUCAACUACCGCCUCGGGGCUCUAGGCUUUCUGAGCACUGGCGACGAGCACUCACCGGGAAACUACGGCCUACUGGAUCAGGCGAUGGCUCUGCGCUGGGUGUACGACAACGUGCACUACUUCAACGGCGACCGACGCCGCAUCACGGUGUUCGGCGACGACGCCGGAGCGGCCAGCGCCGGCCUGCUGGCCGUCUCCCCGCGCACGGCCCAUAUCGUGCACCAGGUCAUCGCCCAGAGCGGGUCCCCGCUGGCUGACUGGGCGGCCAUCUCGGACCUGGAGUGGGCCCGCAACACGUCCCGCGUGUUCGGCGAGAGGAUCGGCUGCCUGGCCGACACGUCCGCCAAGCUGGUCAACUGCCUCAGCCGCGGACGCAGCGCGCUGGAGAUCGGAGACGUCGAGUUCACGCCGGACGUGGGCGUGUUCCCGUGGGCGCCGGUGGUGCAGGCCAACAUCUCGCUGCCGCCGGACGGCUGGUACGAGGGCUGGACGGAGCGCGACUGGCGGGUGCUGCCUGAUCUACCGGCCGCGCUGUACCGGGCGCGGGCCUUCAGCGGCGACCUCCGGCUGCUGACCGGGGUCAACAGGGACGAGGCGGCUCCCUUCGUGUACGGAAACGCGAGCUUGGCCCCGGACUACGUCAUCACGCAGCGCUGGCUGGACACCAAGGUGCGGGAGUGGGCCGAACAACACAACUACACGCUGAACCUGAACGGCGUGACGACGGCCAUGCGGCAUCUGUACACGUACUGGCCCGACCCCAAGAACCAGACGUGGAUACGCCAGAUGUACAUCAACUUUGUCUCUGACGCGCUGUACACGGCUCCGGUGGACGCCAUGGUGAAGAUGGCCCUGGAGCUGGACGUGCCCACGUACCAGUACGUGCUCAACACCACGGUGGAGGCCCUGGAGGCGCCGCUGUGGCGGCAGGUCCCUCACGGCCUGCAGUACUACAUGCUGACUGGCGCACCCUUCUUGGACCCCGAGCUUCUGCCAGGAGACGUUCGACUGGAACGGAACGCCUGGACGGAGGGCGACAGAAACAUGAGUCAGCUGUUCAUCGAGGCGUUCGCCAACUUCGCGAAAACCGGUCGGCCAUCGCCGCGUCAGAUCCUGAACACUGUCAGCUGGCAGCCGGCCCUGCGCGGCGACCAGCGCUUCCUCAGCAUCAACAACACCUUCAACAGCACCAUGUUCAGCAACCACCGGCAGACGGAGAGCGCCUUCUGGACCCAGUACCUGCCGACGCUGGUGGGCCACGAACUGCCCACAUACCGACCUACUACCGAGUUUUGGUGGAAUGAGCCGGGAGAGCCGCUGCACAUCGCCUUCUGGUCCGUGACGGCUCUUACUUUCGUUCUGCUGCUGGUCAUUGCUGCUUUCUGCUGCCUAUGGCAGAACACCAAGCGAAAGAGUGACCGACUGUACGAGGAGUCGUUUAUGGAUGGCAACCUGGAGGUGCAGGAGAACACUCACUUCGCCGCAAGUGUCAGCAAGCCGCCCUCGGUUUCCUCCGUCAACGACGUCAGCACCGUCACCCACCAGACCACACUCUGAUGGUGCUGGAGAAGACUGGGCUGGACUAUGCCGGACGAGGCUUCAUUAGGCGCCAUCACGCCAGACGUGGUCGAGGGAGGGCAGAACACAGGAGGCCACUACCUGACCCGACCUUUCCCACCGGCAAGGACGGCGUCCCUGGCGGCCGAAACGGGAAUCUGAAGUUCGAGUGGACGACGCUGCGUGCCGCUCGGUUGAUGUGCCGGCGGCAGUGGAAUACAGAUACAGUCUCAAGCACGUCGCAGGAGUCCCAGAUCGAUGACAGCUUUCCACAGAAGCGUAUCGCUGUCAUAAAAUGACGUGUAGCGGUGUCUAAGAGCGGUAGGUGCAUCGGAGAACGUUUAAAUGCCACAAAAUUCCACUGCGUUGCGUAUAAUGCUCUUGAUAGCCGGUGGGACGACUCCGACCGUGUCGUCUGGCGGGAGAAGACCUGUAAGUGUAGGUCAGUAGUAAGAGUUUUGAUCGCUUUUGUUGCCAACCUGCUUCUACAGGGACGACGUCGGCCAAUCACCGCGCGCGUUCUUAAGACACUUAUCGUCCCCCACGCGUGACCGGAUGUCGGCCAGCGGUGUCACGCGAGUCGUGCACCGACACACAACAUCGAGCCAGCUCCUGCAUGGCACUUUAUUGCCUGGAAAGGACGGCCCGGCUAUUUGCCUGCCAAGCGCUGGGUGGUUUUGCUACAUCUCCGUCAGCUGUUUAGAGCAGCUCUAAAUUUGCUGACGGCGCGGCGCGUGGCUUGAAAGCGGAAUGCGUGCUGUGUUGAGAUCUCCGCGUGCGCUGCGGCACAUUAUCCGCGGUGUUUUGGGGUGCGUCGAUGUGCCCUCCCGGCCCGGAAGAUCGCGGUCAUCCCAGUGGGCCAUGUAUAUUUACGCAGCCACUCAGCAGAUUUCACAUGGUCGUCGCUGGAUUAGGCACGGUGGUACGCUUUGGCCUAUAUGUGCCACAGGUGGCUGUUCAUAUUCGGUUGCGAGAUGCUCAUCGUCGAUGACGACGUGUGUGGUGCGGCAUAUGCAUGCAUGGGUUCCAAGCAGGUGGCGUGGUGGUUGCCCAACUGUUGCAGAAUAUGACGCCGGGUCCAUAGCAGUUGCAUUGAAGCAAAGACUAAGAAGCGUCCCAUUUCCCAACAUCUCGCCACAAGUCUCAGCCAUUGUAAGCUUAUAUGGCGUACGCUGUCCGUCGUCAUGGAAUACGUGUGGCGUUUGCGGGCGUUUGCGCAUGGUAUGAACUGAAUUUACGGCUUAUUUUAUGAAGUGGCUGACUUUGUGUGCUGCCAGCGAGCAGGAACGUGCGUUAAAUCCAUGACGAUGCACUGAUGUACCUGAUAUUUGUCACGUUUUUAUACAGGUCGAGGUACGGACA